AUGGGUGUCCCGAAUAAGCGAACGAUAACCAAGACGAGGCGGAAGACAAGAGACCUUGAUCAGAUAAAAGACGACCUUCUCUCGCCCAGGCAUCUUACCCUAUUCAAGGAGACAAAAUCGAUUGAGGAUCUCCCCGAUCUUGGACGGAACUACUGUGUAGAGUGUGCCAAAUGGUUCGACACAGAACAAGCCCUUGUUGCUCACCGUGGGGCAAAACCUCACAAGCGCAGGCUCAAGCAAUUGAAAGAAGGAGCAUACACACUCAAGGAGGCGAACGCUGCCGGCGGCCUCUGGUCUGAUAACGGGAAAACAACAUCUAACGAAGCCGGACCUCAAGUUGAUGUCGACAUGAUGACCUGA